AUGAUGUUGAAGGUGAAAGAACAAAGGAACGGCGAAUAUUUGAGUAUGGCUGAGGACAUUAUGAAGAAGGCUGAGGUCGACCCCUCGGUAAACAACUGCCAUUGUGGGUGUUCUUGUUGCCGCAAAAUCGGAACCUCGAGUAUUGGGUUCUGAUCAGGGCUGGCUUGAUUUGAUUGGGAGGCAUGUUCUUGAACUCUUUGCCUCAGCUUGGAGCAAGAUUUAGUGUGAGAAAACAUCUAAGGCUCUUAAAAAAAUAACGUAAAAGAAUUUGUUUACAAGAGCGAAUCAAAGUUCGUCAGAACAAUAAGAAGUUAUUUCUGCUGAAAGUGAAAAAGGGAGAAUCGAGUUAGGGUUUCAAAAGUUCCUAGAAAGAAGUGAUACUCGCUGCAAAAGGCUUGGAUUAGUUUAUUUUACAAAACUUUCCAAAGAUCCUGUUCUCCUCAUAACUUUCAAGUUAUUUCGCAGAAAUAUAAAAAAAAACCACUUGCCAGAAAACCGGCGAGUGGUCAGCGGCAAGCACGACUUCAGAUCUCCGCCACUCGAUCCGCCAUCGAGUGCCAUCGACUUUUUCUUCCAUCGCCUCACCCUAAAAUUGUUUGCAUUCAUGCGUGCGAACGUUUUUGGUGGAUUACGAAGAUAACUAAAAAAAAAGAUUUUUUUUUUAAAGAAAAAGCAUCAAGGACUGUACGCUUACAAACUUUGAUCAUGUCUCAGAAAAGUUUAGGGGGCUCCUAUAGGAAGAAAAAUGUGGUCAUUUGUAGGUGUGGUCUUUCAACCCCUAUCGCGUUAUAUCGGGGCUCCAAAAUGGCCAAAUCCAUAUAAGGACCCCUAAACUUUUCUCAGGUCAAGUUAACAAUUUGGCUUUGUAUUUGCGUCGCGGUCUAUUGCGGCCAACACAGCUGACCGCACAGAGCGGUGGCAAGACAUUUUAUUCUUGGUAGAAAUUCGCAGGUUUUCCUUUUCAAGAGCGCUUCUAAGCGUUUAUAGCUAGCUUUUUUCACAUUGUAUUCUUCAAGCUGAGAAUAUUCCGUAAAUUUCUAAAGCUAUUAUCUCUAUUAUGAAAAUAAGAACAUGUUUUUCUUUGUUUUUAAAUAUCCUUUUUGCUUCGAGGUGUUGAUACCUGAAUUUUACACCCCCAAUCUCAAUUUUUUUUGCACUCGCCCACAAAUUGGCACUCCAGUCAGAUAUGAUAGGCUUCAGACGUUAACCAGUAUCGCGCAGUGAGGCGAGCAAAGUUGGGCGGGGCCUAUUGUUAUGGGCGACGACAGCCGGCCUGAAUCAAGGUUUCCGAGUUUGGCUGAAAUUCCAGUACAAGCGGCCGCCUGAUGAGCCUUGGCACGUGUGUAUGAGUGAUGAGGCGUCGCCGUCGCCGUCUUCGUUUCUCCACGACGUCCAAGAAAUCGUACGGCGUCAGGUAGAGUAAUAAGAAUCGAACUAUUUAUUAUUUUUUUUUUAUUACUCUCAGCUUUUACGAAACGUCUGCCUUUCCGAUGUAUUUUCAGUGUUAUUAUUCUUUUCUGUGCUUAGAUUUUACACAACCUACUGUGAGAGUUUUCGAGUCGAAGCGGGGCUGAUAGCCUUAGAAAAGAGCACGCAGACGCAUUUGUGGCUGAUAGCCUUAGAAAAGAGCACGCAGAUGAGCGGCGCCUCAACAUUCAAAAUUCAAAAACUGAACAGACUUUAUAUGCUCAGCGCUUUGGUAACGAUAUCGAUGUCGAUUUUUUUUUUCGUUUUAAACGAAGUUUAUAAAAUUAGAUUCUUUCUAAUAAAACUUUUGUUAGGUUAAAAAGAAAGGUUUUCACUAUGCUCCCCCAAUUUUCUCCGGGUUGAUUCAGUAUUGCGUUUUUACGAAAACAACGAACACAUAAUCUGAAAAACCAAUGCAUUUUUCAAUCGCGAAAAGGGGCGGGGAUUUACGGUCACUACCUAUCAGUGAAUCCAACAGCUUCUCAACAAGAAUUUUCGGUGGUCUCUCUUCUUUUUGAGGAAUAAAGUAAAUUCAUAGAGUUAUCCUGAAAAUAGUUUUCAUAAUAUUAUUAUUGUACUCAAUAUUUUGAUUCAGAACAAUUCCUCUUCCACUCCACAGCUCCGAGAGCUCGCAGUCCUUCCGCCAAUUCACCCGAAAUCGUCCCCUGUGACUUCCGCUUCUCUUUCCGCUCCAAUAUAUGAGUCACGGACAAAAAGAAUCUUUGAAGACGACGUCGAUUCUACCAAACAACCGCUGUCCCCAACGUCAUCUCAAAGAACCAACUUCUCCUCGGCCUCUGGGGACCGAGACGACGAUUUUUUCGACGCCACCGACGAUCCGCCACGUUUGCCCAGUACGAUUGUGACCUAAGGCGAUUUAUUUUUAAUUUCAGAGAAUGUUUAGACACGCCGGACCUGCAGGUGGAACUCGACUCCUGUACGAUCGAAGAGGUCCAGCGAAUCGUCGACAUUCUGCGGUUUCUCAGGAAAAGAAAAAAACAAAAUAUUCUCCCCUUUAGAAGUUUUGCGGCCCCUCUGAUCAGCGUCGAAAUCGUAUUGAGUUCUAUCAAAGAGGUUUUGCCGGCGGUUCGCGAAAAAAAAAACUUCUUCGAGCCAAAAAAGAGUAUUUCAGUCAGGAGACGGGUGGAAAAACAUGUUGAAGUUGCUUUCUCCAAGCGGCGGCUCCAUCGAUGUUCAUGCUUUCGCCACGGCACUCGUAGAUGAAAAAAUAUCAAGAGACGCCGCUGUCACCAUGUGAGGACAUUCUGAAAUAUUCUAUCAACGCACAAAUUUUGUGUAAUUUUAGAAGUAGAAUAUAAACAAUGAAAAAAAAAUCCUUUUAAUGAGUCACUGCCAGAAAUUUUUGAUGAAUUUCCUCUAAUCUUCUCAAAAAAAAGGGAAGUGCGGAAAUGUAUUCAAUAACGUUAUUAUAUAUGAGCAUUAGCCCUUUUUAUCACUUUUUCAAGGAUAACGCUACCUGAAGAGCUCAAUUUGAACGCCGAAUCGAUAAUACCAACAUUAGCAAGCAGGGUGACGUCCUCACAAGAAAGGAGAGGCCGGAAUCGCGCACAGGUUAUUUUCAGUUUUAAAUUGUUUCUAACAAGGGAGGUCAUUUCACUUAACGGUUUGGAAUUUUUUACAAAUUUGCUCAAACACUCUUUGAAGGUCUAGAUGAAGAUCACUCAUAUUCGCUCGCAACCUGUGCAAACUUCUAGUUUUUGAGAUAUGAUUUUCCAAAGUUGCGGAAAAUGUGUUUUAGGCUUAUCUUUUCGACCUUCAAAAUUGAUUAUUUCCAAAACUAGAAGCUGGCGCGGGUUGCUUUUUUGAUGGAUCUUAAUAUAAAUCUUAAGAGGCUGUUUGAGCGAAUUUUCGGCAAUUUCCACAAAUUAAAACUACCUCAUUGUGAGGCCUAAUUCUGCUUUUAACACAAACUUUGAAAACUACUAUCUCAAGUACUAGAAGUUUGCGCAGGUAGCGACUAUGAGGGAUCUUUAUCUGAACAUUCAGAGAGUGUUUAAGCAAAGUUGUAGAAAAUUCAAAAGCGACAAGUAAAAUGACUUCCCGUGUAAAGAACAUGUUUAAGUUGAUGACCGACCUGGAAGUGAUUAUUGCGCGCAAUCCCCACCUCGACAUUGACCGUUUUGUUAGUUCAACUGCCAAAAAGGUUGAGAAUCGCACUCUAUGAAAAAAAAGAAAGAAAUGAUCAGGUGAUCGACGAAGAAGAGUUCACGACUUUGCUUCAACUAUAUGGCUUCGAGGAGCAAUUCCGAGCGUGCAAGCGGAGGAUAGUAAAGGCUUUCAGAACACACGACAAACUUUUUCAGUGAGCUUCGUUGUAACGCGGUGAUUUCUUUUUUCGUAUAAUGAGUUGCAGCUUUUCGGCGUUUGUUCAAUGUCUGGGACGCCUUCGGCCGCAGAUUCUGCGCCAGCCGUUGCCUUUUAUUCAGCACAAUGCCGUCUGGCUCAAGCCGGCCCUUCCGGUCUGUUUUCUGAAAUUCUUUUUAAAAAAUCUAUGGUUUAAGGCUAUAAACCCGAAAAGUGCGACGUCGGAAAACAGAUCAUAG